AUGGUACUUAUUGCAGUUGUGACCGAUUGGAUUUGUAUUAUAUUAUUUAUUUUGGGUUUUAUUGGUAAUAUUCUUGGUUUAAUAGUUUUUUCAUCACGUCGUUUUCGUUGUUGUCCAACAUAUGCAACAUUAGCAUUAACAUCAUUUACAAUCAAUUUAAUAUGUAUUGUACGUUAUACAUUAAUAAUACAGUCAACAACAAGACGUUGGUUAUCAAAUAGUAUUGUUAGUGUACAUUGGUUAACAUGUAAAAUUUAUCGUUUAUCAUCAUCAUUUCGUGUUCUAGCUGCAUGGAUAACAGUUUUUUGGGUUAUUGAAAGAUUUAUUUAUGUUUCAUCACGUUUAAAUUUAUUAUGUAAUCGUCGUGUAAAAUGUCAAACAUUUAAAAAAUAUAAAUAUUUUUCUAUGAUAUGUAUAUCAUUAAUUAUGAUUAUGAUUGUUACAGGACCAACUGUUUUCUUUUUUACACCACAAUUAGCUAGUUUUAAUGAAACACAUUCAUCUAUACAAUGUACAUAUAAUAUUCCUUAUAAUUCAUCAAAAUGGCAAUAUUAUUUUAGUGAUUUAUCAUUUGGUUUAAAUUAUUAUACAAUACGUUUUUUAUUAUCAGAAUUUAUUCCAUCGAUUUUUGUUGCAUUAUUUAAUAUUGGUAUAAUUAUAUGUAUUUUUCGAACAACAUCACACGUACGAAAACGACAAGAAUAUCAUCAUAAUAAUCAAUUAUCAAUGUCAAUAACUGGUCUAACAUCAAAAUUAACACCAUUACAUAUAUAUGAUGCAAGUCAACAACGAUUAGGUUCAAUAAAAUGUCGUUCAUUUCGAAAUUCAACAAUACCAACAGCAAAUGUACCAUUUGGUAAAAUGUCUUGGAUGAAUGUUGUUUUAAUAUUACAUUCAUUAUUAUUUUUUUUAUCAUCAAGUUUAACAUCAUUAGUUUAUUUUUCAACAUCAGAUAUGAGAUUAGCUUAUUUAAUGAGUGUUAUUAUAUUAGCUAAUUGUUCAUUAAAUUUUUAUGUUUAUUGUCUAAGUGGAAAACGAUUUCGUACAGAAUUAAAACGUAUUGCUAAACGUCAUAGACGAAAUUUACAUAAAAUAAUUCUACGUCGAUGUAGUAAACAUAAUAAUCGCCGUCAUUCAACUGUACAAAAUGGAAAAGAUUAUAUUUAUCAAGCAGUUCUACAACGACAACAACAACAAGAAAUUCAUCUACGACACCCUCAAAUCAGAGAACGUAUCAAAUGA